CCGCGCGCGGUGGGAGCUCGGCCGCGGGCUCCCGCGCUACGGCCAGGUCGUCCAGGGUCGCGGCGGGAGGGGCAAGCUUCGCCGCCAGACGGGGCUCUCCCGCAGGGUUCUGGCUCCCUGUUCCCACCCCGCAUUUAUUGUCCUCCCAGCGUCCGCGCACGCAGUCAUUCCUUGAGCCGCUGGGGCAGGCGCUGUUUUAGGCGUUGCGAGUACAGCUGCGAACGCAGUGGCCAGAAAUCCCUGCCCUCGGGAGCCCGCCCUGUUCAGUGAGGGAGAGACCGACCCUGCAUAACGACGCAGAACCGGUGACUUACCGGGCUGGGAAGUGGGCGGUGCUGCUGGAGAAAACAGAGGAAAGAUAAUCCCCAGUGAUUGCUUCUUUUUGCUGUGUUCAUGGUCCUCUCUUCCCUUUUCAUGGAAUAUUCAGGAAAACAAGGUGUGAGACCACAGCUAGCUCAAUAGUGCUGAUGAAGCCCAAAUCCAGGGCAUUGUGUGACACAUCAGGCCAAACAGCAGCUGCCCUGUGGGUCAUCAGGGGCCCUUUGGCUGGCAUCCCCAGGCCACUUCCAAACUUGUUGUCUGGGCAAAGCCAGAACUGACUCUGGGAGUUUGACCCAAGCAGCAGGGAAGAAUCUGGACUGCGGUGGAAGACUAAAGAAAGCUGGGUAAAAAGAUGUGGCAGGCAGUGGUGUCACAUGAGAGUCCAGGCCCACCACGCCAGCUGCCUGGGACCCCUGAUGCUGAGCUCCUGCAGGAAAGAGCUCUGCCAACCCCUCAGCAUCCUGCCUUUGGCAGAGAGGGAAGCCAAGGAGACCAGCCAGGAGCAAAGAGCACACCGAUGAGCCAGGCCCGGGACUCGGUGACGUUUGAGGACGUGGCCGUGCACUUCAGUAGUGGAGAGUGGCAGUGUCUGACCCGCGCUCAGCGGCACCUCUAUGCAGACGUCAUGUUGGAGAACUACGGGAACGUGAUCUCGGUCGGCUUUGCAGUCCCUAAGCCUCCUCUGAUCUCCCAUCUGGAGCAAGGGAACGAGCCCUGCGUUCAGGAUCUGCAGGACGGGGGGUUCCUGAGCUGCUCCUUCCCAGUAUCAGUGGACAGGACCUGGCCGGGGACUGAGAAGGCAAGUUCAGAACAGGAGGUGUUUGAGAGCGGGGAAGUCGGCUGGGUCCACGUCAAAAGUCUCCUGAAAGUCCUGUCCCACGAUCCUGAGGCUGGAGGAGCUCGUGCCCAGGAUGUCAAGUUAGGGAAUCCACGGGACGCGCCCGGGAUGGAGACACUGGGAGGGGAGCAGGUGACCUGCAAUGAAGGAAAGGCCCCAGAGGUCCUCAGAAAAAACUUCAGUCCAGACUCGAAGCGUAUUCCGUACAACGGAGUCCUUCCAGAACGGAAACCCCACAGCGGGGCCGAACGUGGCAAGAGCUUCAGUUGGCAUGCGGACCUGCGUCUGCACGAGCGCGUGCGUUCUGGCGAGCAGCCCCGUGUGUGCCACGAGUGCGGGAAAGCGUUCAAGACCAGCAGCCAGCUUUCGGUGCACCGCAUCAGCCACACGGGCGAGAAGCCCUUCCGCUGCGCCCCGUGCGGGAAGGCCUUCGGCAGCCCGUCCGCGCUCUGCCGCCACAGGAAGGCGCACGGCGGGGAGAAGCCGCACGGCUGCGGCGCGUGCGGGAAGGCCUUCGAGAGCAGGAGCCGGCUCCGUCUGCACCAGCUGGUCCACAGCGGGGAGAGGCCGCACGAGUGCGCAGUCUGCGGCAAGGCCUUCCCGCUCAAGCACUGCCUCACGCUCCACAGCCGCACGCACAGCGGCGAGCGGCCCUACGCGUGCGGGGAGUGCGGCAGGGCCUUCCGCGGGAGCUCGGACCUCCGCAAGCACGCGAGGACGCACAGCGGCGAGCGGCCGUACGCGUGCGGGGAGUGCGGCAAGGCCUUCCGGAACACGUCGUGCCUGCGGCGCCACCGGCACGUGCACACGGGCGAGCG